GUGAAUGCGCGUGGGGCAUUCUCUUUUGUCUCCUCUGCUCCUCUCUCCCUCAACAGCUCACUUUGUCCCGUCGCUGGCGCUGGGCUAAGGAAUGGCAGCUUUCAGCUCUCAUAGUGCUCCUUUUCACAGCUAUUGCCCAGUCCCUGGACCCUGUCUCUUAUUUCUUUAUGAUCUCUGCACGAAACCCACACAUAAUCACAUCACAUGAUUCUCUCUUUCCCUUCUGCCCUUUACAAACCAUCUCUCUUCCUUUCCCACUUUCUCUGCUGGUUUUUCGCUGUCUCCACCGUCGUUUUGCGGCUCUGUCUUGCAUUAUUGUACGGCGUUUUGGUGUAUUUAGAUUCGUGUUGUGAUGUUGCUACGUUGUACAUUUUAGAAUUGUAAUAAAGCUUCUUUUUUUGGGUUUGCUUCAUGGAUAUUAUAUGGGGUUUUGGGACGUUGCGUUUUUGUUGAAAAGAUAAAGAUUUGAGUGUCAUUUUAGUGUUUUUCCGGCCUUUUUCUUAGUGGGGUUUUAGGAAUUUUCUUCUGGGAUCAUUCUUGCUAUUUCAGUGUUGGUGUUGUACUGUUGUUGGGCGGUAAAAUGAGUGAAACGGGGGGGAAGACGGCGUCAUGUUUGGCUAUUACGGAGAAGAAGGCUCAUAGAGCAGGUGGGUGUGCGGGCAUUUUCUUUCAGCUCUUUGACUGGAACCGAGUAUUUGGAAAGACGAAGCUGUUCUCUGGGAAAUUACUUCCUCCAGUUCGUGGGCAAUCUUCGAAGAAGUUUAGAGGAGAUGAGAAGAUGCACAAAUCCAAACUUCAAUUGAUUGCUGAAGAGAACAGUGGGGGUUUCCCAAGUGUGAAGAAGAAUGGUAAGCAUAAUGGUGGAGGAGAUAGAGAGCAAAGGCAUGAGAUGCGAGCCCCAACUUUGGUUGCCAGGCUGAUGGGACUUGAAUCUAUGCCAGCUGUUCAUAGAGAUAAAUCUAAGAAAGCUUCUGGUGGUAAUUGUGGUGUUAGGGAUGAGAAUUUGGUUAAUAGUCCAAGCAGGUUUAAAGGGGAUGAUUUGAUAUUGGAGAAAGGAAACGUGAAAGUUGAACCAAGGUCACAGAAGAUACAGAAGAGAGGACAAUAUGAGAGGCGUGUAGUCACUAGGCUUGGUGCUGAGGCAUUACAAAUUAAGAGUGUUUUUUCACGAUCAAGUAAGCAUCGUAGCCCAAAGCUUGCUGCUCCAGUCAAAAGCCCAAGGAUUUCCGCUGCUAGGGCCUCUAGGUUGAUUGAUGCUGCUACUAAAAUUCUGGAGCCAAGAUUGCAGGCUACAAGCAAAGCAAAAUGUGCGCUUACUUACUCGACCUCUAUGCCUUAUGCUUCAAAGACUGAGGUUAUCAGCGACAGAAUGGGGGCUGGGUCCCCAGAUGUAUUGAAACAAUCUGGUUAUAAUUUGAGUUUAGGUAUGUCUUCGAUGGGGCAGGUGUCUUGCAAAAGUUGUGGUAAUUUCCUUCAUGAUGUCAGCACCAGACCAGAUUUGGAGGAUCAGAAUCAUGUUUAUCCACCCUUUGUGUUGGAUUUAGUUGAUGCCUACCCCCAGGAAUUGCAAAAGGGUAAGCCACAGCCAAUUGUAUCAUCUGCUGACCAAGGUAGAGGUGCAACUCUUCAGAGAAGUCAAGAGCGGCUGGAGUUUGUUGCUUCCCAAGAAGAGGACAGUCUACAAAGCAGCAGUGAAUUCAAUGUAGAUAGGAAAACUCUAUUUCGAGGGGUUCAAGCUCAGCAGCCUUUAACAAGUCAUGAGGGCAAUCAUCUAAAGGAUGAACAAUAUCCUUUUGCUUUGAAGCACCAGACAGAAACACCAAAUAAGAUGUCAUUGGGCAGGAAUAAAAUCCCACCAGGAGCUAAAUUAAGUAAUGUUCAAGGCAAGAGGGCCUCUUCUGAUGUGAAUACUGUUAGUGGGACCAAAAACUUUGUUGCUUUGAACAAAAGCUUACAAAGUCACACUAGGCCAAGGGUGGCAACCAAAGUGGAUGAUUCUUUUUUCAACACCAAUAAAAGGUCUUAUAACUGUAAAGAUGAUUAUUCAUCACAUCUAAGAAGUGCAGCUCGAAAGAGAACAACUGUCAAUGGUCAAGUAGAUAGUUCAGAUUUUGUGACUUCAACAUACGGAAAACAGAGGAAUGUAAGGUGUAAUGCAAUGACUGGAAAUGGAAUGGGGCUUGGUGCAUGCUCGAUAGACGGUGUAUGUCUCAAAAGCAGAUUAGCCAGCAAGGAUGCUGGUACUGGAGCCAAUAGCAAUAAGGACACUGGUCUUGUUUCAUUCACAAGGAGGCAAAAGAUUGGGAAUUUCACAGAAAAUGAGAGUGCUGGUAAUGAUCAACAGCACACUAUUCCUGGGUGUAAUUCUGACCAGAGAAAGUUAAUAACAGGUGAAAAAGAUGGAAAGACAGUUUUACAGAAGAAAAUACCAUUGACAGCAGAUCAUUUUGGUGUUCUUUUAGAACAAAAAUUAAAGGAGUUAACUUUUCAAGAAGAAGAUGAAUUGACAACAGGAAGCACACUACCAAAGAGAUCAACCGCAAUGAUCCUCCAAGAGCUCAUUACUGCUUUAACUGCAGUGCAACCUGGUCCUGAGGAUGUUUCACCAACCAGUCCAGAUUCAGGUUUCCAGGCCAAAGCCAAGGCAGAAGGGACUUUAGUCAGACUUCCAUGCUAUGGUGAUCAUCUUAGCCCAGGUUCAGUUCUUGAGGCUUCAUUUUCAAAUCACAGCUGUGUUUCCAACAGCCUGGAUGAUAGCUCAGGAUAUGGGCUGUGUCUUGACUAUAUUGAUUACUUGUAUCAUCAUCCACAGCCAACAGAACCUGAUGUAGAUCUUCUGGAUUUUCCAACCACCUUGGACAAAGGGAGGGCUGUUAGUGAAAUGGUCACUGAUCUGCUAAACAAAAUUUCUAGGACGUUGUGUUGCAUUAACCAAGCUGGUCUUAGAUUAUCUGGAGACAAGCUUAUCCACAUAAAAGAGGUUAUAUUGAAUGCAGAACUGUUGUUUGGAAAUCUGCCUCCUUUUGAUUCGGAUGGCAAGGAAGAUUUGCUCUUAGGUUCAUUUCUACACGAGGAAAUUGAACCACUUUCUGGGCCCAUAUGGACAGGGUUCUGUUCCCUUCUUGGUUUUGAAACGACCAAGGACAAUAAUCAGUUAAAGUUAUUUCUUUUAGACUGUGCAGUCGAAUGUCUAGAUUCCAGAUAUGGUCAAUACUGUAACCUUGGAUUCCGAGCUUGGAGACGACUGCCAUUACGCAUGGACUCAAAGAUGUUGAUGCAAGAGGUCGCAAAGGAAGUUACAAGGUGGACACGGUCUGCUGGAAAGCUCCCUGAUGAGUUAAUUGAGUCAGAGAUGAGUCGUUCUCUGGGAAAAUGGAUAGAUUUUGAUAUCGAGGCAUUUGAAACUGGUACAAAGAUUGACUUUGACAUUCUUGAAAUUUUGCUUGAGGAAGUCGUGGUUGAUCUUUGGGAUUGCUGACUGGUUUCUCUGUGAAAUAAAAUUGCAUUCAAGCCAGGCAUUUGCAAGUUCAAUUUUAUUUUAUUGUUUUUUGUAAAUCAUGCUGAGCUACCAUGACCGUCCCUCCCCAUUAUCCAAUCAAAGAAAGUCGGUUCCUUUUUUGUACAAAUGGACGGUUGGUAUAAUGGAGUUUGAAGAUUCAGCCAGUCCAAGAUUCAAAAUUUUUUUUUUCCUUUCAAAUUCGUGGACCAGGUCUGCCGGAACAAUGGUCCGAUAGAUUUUCAAAUUGAAGAAACUGUCAAAGGUAUU